AUGGCCGAAGCAGUAGUUGUCGUCGUUAGCGUUGGGAACUCUGUACUCCUGGGAAGUGGAUUGGGAUGUUUGUAUGCGGACAAGGUUCAGAAGGGUGACUGGGACGAUUACUUGUACAUCAAAGAGCUCCUCGCGCAACCUGCCGCAGACAUGAUGCAGCGUGGCUUGCUGCAGGUCCUCAGAAUUCACGGCACAUGUGCAGCCUUGAUCACUCCAGGCUUUCCGUCGGAGGACAUGCCGUUGCUGGAACCACCGGACCGUGCGGACAGUCGCGAUGUGCGGAAAACGCCCGAGAUCCUUUUCGAUUAUCAGGUGCACAAAGUUGAGGAUGGUGAUAGCAGUGACUUCAUGAUUCCGCAGUGUGCCAUACCAGCGUUCCUGGCCGACAAUGGCAUUGGUAUUCCGAGCUCAAACCAGCUCCUCGGUGGCAUUGACCAAUACUUGCGAAAGACGAUGUCGCUGAUCGAGUGUAGAGUCAUCGGAGAGUAUUCUUUGUCGAAGCGUCGUUAUGGAAUGAUGCUGUCGGCAGUAGAAACCGUCGGCCAGUUGCAGCCUGGAGAUGUUGUGAUCUUCUUGAAGAUGGACCUCAACUUCGCGGACGAAUAUCUCAGCGACCCAUUAGGGUUUGAGGAGCACCUCAAACACAAACUAGUGGAAGCAAUGCUCCUACAGAAUAUUCCGGAAGUGCCGGAAAGCGGCGCCGAAUUUAUGAAGAAGCUCAAGACGGCCCUCGUGCAGCACAUCCGCAUACAGUCUGUUUCGGAGGGAUGCAUUGAAGUGGUUUUCAUAUUAGCUGGUGUGGCACUGGUUUGCAUCGCCUUGGUGGCAGCUGUGAUGCUGGGCGCGCCAUUCAGAGUCACUACUAAGCUAGACGAAGCAACCAUAGCAGACGUCGAGAUAGGUCCCCAGCCGCGCAUUCAGGAGGCUCGCACUGUGUCGAUCACAGUCGAACCUGAUGGCAGGUAUCAGAUUACAGGUACUUUGCACACUGAUGCGCCCGCACCUCAGCAGAAUCCUUGCGUGAUUCUAUGA